UCCAAAUUUUCUGGUGCAAUGGUAGCCUUACAAGUCCAUUUUUUGCUGAUUCCAUCCCUCGUGAGCAUCAUGGGAGCAGCACAGUACAUGAUGCAGGAUGCAGCCCUGCUGAGCUACAUGGACCAGCGUUUUCUGUCUCUGGAGAAGAGGCUGCAGAAGUGCAGCCAAGACGUGCUGGAAUACGUGGAUGAAUUCCGAGAGUUCUCCAAGGCGGUGCUGUCCCGCCUGGCAGGGCUGAGCAGCGACAAGGCUGAGCUUAAGGGAGAAGUGGAGAAUUUGCUGAGGCGGGUCGAGCACGCCCAGAGGGACAUUGACUACUUUGGAUCUGUCACGGAUUCCAACGCCUGCGUGGAAGUGCACGAGGACCUGCUGAAACAGCAGCUGCUGGAAGAGGCGGAAGAAAAAAAGAGACUUAAACUCAUGUUUAAUGCAAGUUGUGACCACAUGCUUGCAGGUAUUAGGUCCCUGAAGGUAGUUAAGAAGACUGGAGGAAAGCAUGGCUCUUGGAUGAAAGAUCCUGGCAAAAAGCACGGCAAGAUUUAUUUAUUAAGUGGCUCUGUAAAUAACGUGAUUUUGGAAUUUGCAAAUAUCAUGGCUUUCAUGGAAAACAAUCAGACUCUGAAGGCUCGCAGAGUCCCCUUGCCACUGCCCUGGGAAGGAACUGGCCACGUCAUCUAUCAGGGUUUCCUCUUCUACCACAGACACGGCUCCUUGAACGAGAUCGUUAAAUUCAAUAUCCAGAGAAGAAACGUAGCUGACCAGAUGCUGCUGCCAGGGGCUGGGAGGAUUCCUGCCUACCAGCUCUCUCCACAGACAAAAAUAGACCUGGCUCUCGACGAGCAGGGGCUGUGGGCCCUCCAUGCAGAGCCAGAGACCCGGGGGAACAUCGUCCUCACCAAAAUCAACCCGGUCGCCAUGGCCGUGGAGCACAGCUGGGACACGCCCUGCAGCAGCAGGGAUGCUGAGGCAGCUUUCAUGGCCUGCAACACCCUCCACGUGGUCUACAACUCUCCUUCUGGGGGCUCCUCCCGCAUCCAGUGUGUUUAUGAUGUUUUGGGUGCUCUGAGUGCUCACACAAACCCAGGGCUGCAUUUCCCAAAACGCCAGGGUGGCCACUCCACCAUACACUACAAUCCCAAAGAAAAGCAGCUCUUCGCUUGGGGCGAUGGAUCCCAGAUCAUUUACAAGCUUCACACGGAGCAGAAAGUUUAAAACCUUCAGCAGCUUUUCAAAUAGACCUAAAAGCCACCAGUCCCACGUCAACACAGCCUUUUUUUGUGUAUUAAAAUUACAUUAUUCCCAUCCAUUACAACUUUCAUCCGUUUUGCAUAACUUAAGACUUAUGUACCCCAGUAAUCUCAAUGCCCAAAAAAGAGUAUGUGGACUGAAUUAAUACAAAUUACAUGAUGACUAAAUAUCAUACAUGCACAAUCCCUCCCUGCCCUCCACCUCCAAAUUAAAAUCUAAGGUUAAUUUUAAAAAAUAAUAGCCCAUUUAGACACGUUCUCUUCCUAUUGGAACAAUGUUUGCUGUUUCAAUGCCAUGGAAAUCAAAGUAGAAAUCCUUCCUGUCCAAAACACAGUUUGACAACCUUCCCUACUCUGAAGAUCACUACAGAAAAUCACAUGCUUCCAGGGAAAUUAGAGAUCAUUUUUAACAGGAGAGGUUUAUUACACCACAAAGUGUAGGAAUAUACAGCCCCACAAACAUGGUUUAUAUUUAACAUAGAACUCUCAUACAUCACAUCAAGGCUAUUCACUGAACUUCUGGAGUAUUUCCAUGAAAAUUCCACACUUCUUAGCCAUAUUGCUAUAUCCACAGUACAGACCACUGUUGACCCUGCCAGUACAUUAGCUGCAGCCCAAUAUUCACUUUUUUCAGCUUCAAGUUGCCACUUCUCACUAUUUUUUUACCAUAUCACUGUUUGUGUGUCAGAAAGAAUGUUCCUAUGUGAACUCUUCUGUAUCACACACUACUUUUAAAGGUUUUACAUGUCACUCUUUGGUGUUUUUCUCAUUAGAUCUCUUUCAGCAUCUACUUGUGAGGCAUUUUCCACAAUGUUUCAAGUCACUUCCAUUAAUUAUAGCAGAAUCUUUCUCAUCCCAUCCUCCACCUCCAGGAAAAGGUGGCUCAGGUGAGCACAAUAGUGCAGGUGAGGGCAUGGCACUGCUCAGUCCUGGGCUUGUGAGUCACAGGUAGACACCAGGUAUUUUUGUUUCAAAAAUAAUGUUAAAAAUAUUAAAUAGUGUUUAAAAAAAAAAAAAGGCUUUUAAUGUGAAACACAGGUACAGACUGUAUUUUUUGUUUAUUUUAAUGACAGCUGCAUGUCUAACAGCAAACAAACAAACAAACACAACAACAAAAAAAAUUUCCUCUGAAAACCACAAAUAAUGGUACUUGAAAAGCAAUCCACAGCUGUUGCUACAGAAAACCCAUUUUGUUCAUUACGCUGAAAGAGCUGUUGUUCUGUUUAAAAAUAGCUUCCAGAGAACAGCCAGACAUCAGGGGAUGAUUUUGAAAAGGAGUUCCAGAGUACAGUUAGGAGUAUACAGACUGCUGGGCUGCACCAGUGAUACUCUGCCUUCAGCAGAAGGAGCUUUAUCAUUCUGAGCAGGCUCAGUGACUGGAGCACUGCUCCUGUGUCACAGCAGACACAGGGUUAAAGGCAGCAUUUGGCCUUUUAUCCCUCCUCUGUAAAAUCACAAACAUGUACAUGCAAAAUGGUAUCAGCCACCUCUGUGAGAACUUUUACUGGAAUGGAUGUGUAAGUUUCUCUAUUUAAGAA